AGUCUUUAUAUUAUAACUUUUUAAUUUUAGAACGUUUAGUUAUUUUUUUUUAUACUGCAUUCCAAACUCAAAAAUUAACGAUGUGGCAUUUAAUUUUUUCACGGAUGUAAAGAGUUUAUGUCAAUUGUUUUGGAAAAGUUAUUUAUUAUUUUGUAAAAUGAGUGUCGAGUUCAUAGAUUUGUUCAAGACGGAAAAAGAAAAUGAACGAAAUCAGAAAGAAAACAAAGACUGGAUGAGAGGAAGCCGAACACUGGUUGCGAAACGAUACAGAUCUAGAAGAGGACGUGCGAAAAGACAAAUUGAUACAUCGACUGAUGCGAAAUCCACAGAAGCUAUAACGCGUCGUACAUCAUCUUCACCGUCAAGAAUAUCCGCUGAAUGGAGUGGGGCUACAGGGGGUCCCCCGGCGGAGGUCAUCCUUCGUCUACAUCCUACGCCCGUCACGCCAGCCUAUCCAGUGCAGAACCGUGGGAAUUUGUCAAUUACGGAAUUAGAUGGAAGUGCAAUAGUAGUGCGUGCAGAAGAAGCACUGAUAGUAGCAUUCGUGCUACUCCUAUGGGUAGCAGCCAUCGCUCUAUUUUUCAACCGUUGGGGCAAGAUCAGGUGCGUCUAUAAGCUAAUGUUAGAACCAUAUCAACCAAAAUUCCAACAACAGCAUCGUCAAAGUUGCGUGCUAGCUGAGAAUACUGUCUCCGUGCCACCCCUUCAUCGAGCGUCGCUGUCAAGGGGGUGCGUGUCAUACGACUGUGGGGGAACUUUCUCUGCUUACCAACCGUGUGGCUAUCUUUCACAUCGGCCUCGCCAAAACUCUGUAUUCGUUGGUAGCAUGGGUGGAAUGGCAUUAAUACCAGAGAGUCCUCCGCGUCGAUCUCGUUCAGCUGCCGACCUCCCAGCCCUCACUACACCAUCAGACCACGUUCCCACUACGUCUAGGUCAUCCAGGGCAGCCAGCCUUCACACAGUGGACCUAAGGGUCUGCGCUCCUUCACCCCGGACGUCCAGAGCGGCAAGUCUACAUUCAUCAGUCGACGUACCCUCCGUACAAGUUCAUGUUAGGGGUUCUGUAUCUAAUAUAAACAGACCUAGGAGUCCUAGGAGAUUAACCAUUACUAACGUCUAGAGCUAGGUGUUUAUUGUGAUGGACCAAUGUUUUUUUUUUCCUUUCUUAUAACGUGUCUGUCUUGAAAAUAUUUUGAAUGCGUGAUUGGAUUUAUCACUGUUUUGUCUCUUUCACUCUUUAACUCUUUCAAGUGAGUAAGAGUGAGUAAGAACGUAACAAAACAGUGAUCACUGAUAAGGUUAUUGUAUAAUAUUCGGUUAACUCAAAUGUAAAACUACUGUGAAUAUUUUGAAGCUUUAUUUUUAUAUAUGUAGGAAUGUGACAAAUGUGGGCUAAAUAGAUUUAAUCAUUUAUAUAUUUAAACUAAGUUAGUCUUUAAGCUAAUCUUUCAAUUUUCUAGUAGAUGUCUUCGUCCUAAAAUCUUUAUCUUCACAUAUAUUCUAUAUCCUUGUCCUUUAAACGUAUAGUAUUAAAUAAUAUUUAUUAUUAAAAAUAUUAUUUCAUCGUGAAUGAACUCACCGUGUGCUCAUACUAUUAUAAUUUUUAUAGACCGCAUUUAUAACUUUAAAAAAUAAUAAC